CCGCCCCACCGUCCGGCUCUCCUCGGGCUGCGCCGGAGCCGCGGGGACUCUGUGGGGAGCAUGGGUGCCCACCCGCGCCGAGCCGGGGUCCCGCGGCUCCCGCCGCUGCUGCUGCUGCUGCUGCUGGUGUUGCUGCCGCCAGGGGCCCUGGCCUCCGAGGCUGAGCACCGCCUAUUUGAGCGGCUGUUUGAGGAUUACAACGAGAUCAUCCGGCCUGUGGCCAACGUAUCGGAGCCGGUCAUCAUCCAGUUUGAGGUGUCCAUGUCUCAGCUGGUGAAGGUGGACGAAGUAAACCAGAUCAUGGAGACCAACCUGUGGCUGAAGCAAAUCUGGAACGACUACAAGCUGAAGUGGAACCCCGCGGACUACGAUGGGGCGGAGUUCAUGCGCGUCCCCGCGCAGAAGAUCUGGAAGCCAGACAUCGUGCUGUACAACAAUGCUGUCGGGGACUUCCAGGUGGAUGACAAGACCAAAGCUCUCCUCAAGUACACGGGGGAGGUGACUUGGAUUCCUCCCGCCAUCUUUAAGAGCUCGUGCAAGAUCGACGUGACCUACUUUCCAUUUGAUUACCAAAACUGCACCAUGAAGUUUGGCUCCUGGUCCUACGACAAGGCCAAAAUCGACCUGGUCCUCAUCGGCUCCUCCAUGAACCUCAAGGACUACUGGGAGAGCGGCGAGUGGGCCAUCAUCAAGGCCCCCGGCUACAAGCACGACAUCAAGUACAACUGCUGCGAGGAGAUCUACCCCGACAUCACGUACUCGCUCUAUAUCCGCCGCCUGCCGCUCUUCUACACCAUCAACCUCAUCAUCCCCUGCCUGCUCAUCUCCUUCCUCACCGUGCUCGUCUUCUACCUGCCGUCCGACUGCGGCGAGAAGGUGACGCUCUGCAUCUCCGUGCUGCUGUCCCUAACCGUGUUUCUCCUGGUCAUCACCGAGACCAUCCCCUCCACCUCGCUGGUCAUCCCACUCAUCGGCGAGUACCUGCUCUUCACCAUGAUCUUCGUCACGCUGUCCAUCGUCAUCACGGUCUUCGUGCUCAACGUGCAUUACAGAACCCCGACCACGCACACGAUGCCCACGUGGGUGAAGACCAUCUUCCUGCACUUGCUUCCCAGGGUCAUGUUCAUGACCCGGCCGGCGGGCAGCGACGGCCACGCCCAGAAGCCCAGGCCCUCGUACCACGCGGAGCUCUCCACCCUGAACUGCUUCCGCCGCGCCGAGACCAGAGGCUGCAAGGAAGGCUGCGCCUGCCAGGACGGCACGUGCAGCCACUGCCGCCACCGCAGGAUAAAAAUCUCCAACUUCAGCGCCAACCUCCCCAGGAGCUCCAGUUCUGAGUCCAUCAGUGCCGCACUAUCCCUCUCGGCCCUGUCACCGGAAAUCAAAGAAGCCAUCCAGAGCGUCAAGUAUAUCGCCGAGAACAUGAAAGCACAAAAUGACGCCAAAGAGAUCCAGGACGACUGGAAGUAUGUUGCCAUGGUCAUCGACCGCAUUUUUCUGUGGGUUUUCAUCCUGGUAUGCAUUCUGGGCACGGCAGGGCUGUUUCUGCAACCCCUGCUGGCCAGAGACGACGCCUGA